AUGACUAUCUUCAAGGAUCUCACGCCGUACUUUGUCUACAUCCUCCUCGUCUCCACCAUCGGUCCUCUGCUAUUCGGCUUCCAUCUCGCAGAGUUCAACGCGCCGCAAUCCGUCAUUACCUGCGAGAAGAAGUCCAUCUCGUCAACUGUCGCUCCAAGUCUGCCGCAAUGUAUCCCUAUGGACUCGACCCAGUUCGGCCUCAUCUCGUCCAUCUUCACCCUGGGAGGUCUUCUGGGCGCGCUUAGCGCAGGUCCUCUCUCAGCUCGCUAUGGCCGCUACAAGUCGAUGCUGUUAAGCACCAUCCCCUUCAUCGUCGGUCCCGUUUUCGAGGUCUUGGCUACCGACAUCCCCAUCAUGACCAUCGGACGCUUCAUCAGCGGUCUCGGCGCUGGUGCUUCGGUUGUCAUCGCACCCAUCUUCAUCUCCGAAGUGGCUCCUCCCAAAGAGAAGGGCUUCUUUGGCGCUUUCACCCAAAUCAUGAUCAACAUGGGCAUCUUCAUCGCACAGCUGCUCGGUCUCUUUUUGAGCAAGCGCUCUCUGUGGCGUAUUAUCCUGGCUGUGGGUGGGGCUAUCGGCGUCGUUCAAGCUGUUGGUUUGUUCCUUGGUGGACAAGAAAGUCCAAAGUGGCUUGCCGACCACGGCAAGGAACGACAAGCGAAACGUGUAUUGCGCAAACUAAGAGGUCAUGAAGCCAAUAUCGAAGACGAAGUCAAGGGCUGGGGUGAGAGCUCGCAAGACAUGGAGGACGAAGAAGACAGUCUUUUGACCAACGAAGACCGUAUGCCUCCAGGCGGCAUCGAGCAGAGCGGUCCUUCCUCUGACGCCUCGGCAAGCAAGAAGACCAAAGAAGCUCUUGAAGCUCUUGGUGCUCUUGCCGUCCUCAAAAAUCCUGAUUCUCGCUCUGCCGUCAUAGCCGUUGUUGUCAUCAUGAUCGGUCAGCAGCUCUGCGGUAUCAACUCGAUAGUCAUGUAUGGCGUCUCGUUACUCUCGGACCUGCUCUCGGCCAACGCUGCUCUUCUCAACGUCCUGGUGGCAGUCUUGAACAUUGUCGUGACUACAUCUUGCGCUCCUCUGACCGAUAAGCUUGGCCGCAAAGUUUGUCUUCUCGCGAGCAUCUUCGGCAUGGGUGUGUCAUCGUUGCUUCUGGGCAUCGGAAUCAUGAAGCACAUUCCAAUCCUAUCAGCCAUCACUGUCUUGACCUUCGUGUCGUCCUUUGGCUUGGGUCUUGGACCUGUGCCUUUCAUCCUUUCCUCUGAGCUCGUCGGACCUGGCGCAGUUGGCGCAACCCAGAGCUGGGCUUUAGCAGCCAACUGGAUCGCUACCUUUGUGGUUGCCCAGUUCUUCCCUAUCGUCAACGAGAAGCUCGGUGGGGGUAAGGUCUACUUUAUCUUUGCCGCUUUUGCCGCGUUGCUGUCUGCCUUCGUCUUCUGGGCAGUGCCUGAAACCAAGGGCAAAGCUGAUGCAGAUGAAGUUUGGGGUCGUAAGGCUAGCAGGGCUGUCGACUGA